AUGGCCAGAGCGUUGAGACUUUUGGCGUGUUGCGCCUUGUUCUCCCAAGCCCUUGCACACUCCCGUAUUCUCUACCUCAUCAUCAACGGACAGCAGUAUCGAGGAUUCAAUCCCCAUGCUCCCGAUGCCGUCAGCAACAGCAUCGGCUGGUCAACAAGCGCAGUUGACGAUGGCUUCGUAACGCCUUCCAACUACUCGAACCCCGACAUUAUCUGCCACCGCGACGGCAAGCCCGCUAGAGCACACGCGCCGGUCAAAGCCGGAGACAAGAUCCAGGUUCAAUGGAACGGCUGGCCCCAAUCCCACAAGGGCCCCGUCCUGUCGUACCUCGCCCCCUGCGCCAACACGACAGAUGGUUGCGCUUCUGUAGACAAGAGAACGCUGUCAUGGACCAAGAUCGAUGACUCGUUCCCGGUAUUUCUCGACAAAAAAGGCGGCCCUCCGGGCAGAUGGGCAACCGAUGUCCUCAUUGCCCAGAACAACACUUGGUUGUUGGGGUUGCCGAGCGAUCUCGAGCCGGGACCGUACGUGCUGCGUCACGAGCUGAUCGCACUACACUACGCCAAUCUCAAAGACGGAGCGCAGAACUACCCGCAGUGCGUGAACUUGUGGGUGGAGGCUCCGGGACCAAAGGCCGCAACAAUCGGCAAGGAAGAAGUGGUGGUGGCCGGACAGAAGGAAGGAGUGCCGGCUACGGCGCUGUAUAAGCCCACAGACCCGGGGGUGGUCAUCGAUAUCUACACGGCGCUGUCGACGUAUAUAAUCCCAGGGCCAACGGUGGCGCCCGAGGCGAAGCCUGUGCCUGUGACGGAGCAGACACUGAAGAGUACCAUCACGGCGGUAGGGACGCCGGUGGUCGUGACGCGGGCAACGGCAACUGUCCCAUUGCCAAAUGGCAAGACGGCGGCGGCGUUCAAAGGUUGA